GCUCCUUCACCCUGACCAUGCUUCCCAUGGACUCCUGGCCACACUCUCCUCACAGUGUCCUGCUGCUGACCCUGCUGCUGGGACUUACAGGAGCAGCUAUGCGGGAGCUGAAGGUGAUUCAGCCUGAGAAAUCAGUUUCUGUCCUUGCUGGAGAGUCAGCCACUCUGAACUGCACCGUGACCUCCCUGAUCCCUGUAGGGCCCAUGAAGUGGUUUAGGGGUACAGGACAAAGUCGGUGGCUUAUAUACAGUUUCACAGGAGUCCGGUUCCCCGGAGUCACAAAUGUUUCAGAUGCAACAAAGAGAAACAACCUGGACUUUUCCAUCCGCAUCAGUAAUGUCACCCCUGCUGAUGCUGGCACCUACUACUGUGUGAAGUUCCAGCCUGACACUUCAGUGUCUGGGAAAGAGCUUCAGUCUGGAGGAGGCACCAUGUUGUAUGUGCUUGCAAAGCCAUCUCCUCCUGUGGUCUCAGGACCUUUACCCUGUGCUCUACCUCAUCAGACAUUGAACUUCACAUGUAAGUCUCAUGGAUUCUUCCCUCGGAAUAUCACACUGAAGUGGUUCAAAAAUGGAAAAAAGCUCUCUCCCUUAGAAACUACUGUGGACCCCAAAGGAGAAGGAGUCUUCUACAAUGUCUCCAGCACAGUCCAGGUGGUGCUGGGACCUGAGGAUGUUCAUUCUCAGAUCAUCUGUGAGGUGGCCCACGACACCUUAGGAAGCCCUCUUCGUGGGACUGUCAACUUGUCUGACAUCAUCCAAGUUCCACCCACUCUGGAGGUGAGCCAGCAUCCAACAGUGAUAUUGAAUCUUAUAAAUUUCACCUGUCAAGUGAAGAACUUCUAA